AUGGCCCCACGCGACCGCACCGCCGAGUUCCACUCGGCGCUCUCCUCCAUCCGCGCGCGCACCGCCGUGCCAUCGGGCAAGCGUGACGGCGCCAAAUCGCCCCUCCUCGGCGGUGCCAACGCGGCAGCCUCGACGUCCAAGUCCGAGUUUGGACGGCUCGCAGGCAACAUUGCAAAGGACAUUAAUGCGACCACCCUCAAGCUGCAGAAGCUUGCCCAGCAGUUGCUGCCCUACGCCUCGCUCGCCGCUCUUGCCCCAAUGAAAUGCGCCAGCUUACCACCCCCCCCCCCCCCCCCCCCCCCCCCAGUCGCCAAGCGCAAGACGCUCUUUGACGACAGGCCGGUCGAGAUCAGCGAGCUCACGUACAUUAUCCGACAGGACAUUGCGUCGUUGAACACGCAGAUUGGCGCGCUGCAGGCGUUUGUGCGCGCGCAGCGCCAACCGUCCGGCGGCACCAAGCAGGUCGACGAGCACAACAGCAACGUCGUCAUGAUGCUGCAGUCGCGCCUGGCCAACAUGGGCAUGGGGUUCAAGGACGUGCUCGAGCUGCGCACACAAAACAUGAAGGCCAGCAAGGACCGGACAGAGCAGUUUGUGCACACGGCCAGCUCGGCCGCCGUGCCGGCCCCGGCCAAAGAGGGAGGCGGUCCCGGUUCAUUCCCUGCCAAUUCCCAUUCCAAUCCCACUUCCCAUCAUCCCCCGCCGAGCCUUCUCCGCCAUCGGUCUCGGCUGACGCUGGCGCCAGACUCGCUCCUCUUCGCCCAGGGUGGAGGUCCCGGGUCCGGUAUCGACCGCAAGGGCAAGCAGCGCGCGGUCCCAGGGGAGGGCAACGACUAUCUCGCCCUCGACAUUGAUGGCGACCGCCAGACAAACGACUACCAGCAGAUGCAGCUGGUCGAGCAGCAGGACAACUACAUCCAGUCGCGCUCGACCGCCAUCGAGUCCAUCGAGUCGACCAUUGCCGAGCUCGGCUCCAUCUUCUCCCAGCUGGCGGGCAUGGUGGCCGAGCAGCGCGAGACGGUGCAGCGCAUCGACGCCGACGUCAACGACAUUUCCUCAAACGUCUCGGGCGCACAGCGCGAGCUCCUCAAGUACUAUGCCAACAUCAGCAGUAAUCGCUGGCUCAUGCUCAAGAUUUUCGGCGUCCUCAUCAUUUUCUUCCUCGUCUUCAUUCUCGUCUCGUGA